GUGAUGGGCCGUAAUGAGGGGAUCAGGUGCCCCAUCCCAUGCUAGGCCCUGGCCCUACUUCCCCGGCCCCACACCCCCAGCUGGAGCCCGCACUCCUGGGCUGUCCUAGCAGUUGGCCUCCUGUGGUGCUGCCCGCCACUGAUGUUAGACCUUACCCGUACACCUGGCACACCCGUCUGCCUCUCCCGGGAGGCUGGGGCACCCUCCUGUGGGCUCCAUCAGAUACUUGUGGGAAGCACACUGGGGCUGUGCAGUUACAUUCCCUAUGACAGGCGGGGCCUGGGGUGCAUUAGGACUGCCGGCCCAUCACGUGGAAAGUAACUGCAUAGCCCCCGUGUGCUGCAGUGGGAAGCCAGUCUGUCUUUCUGUUAUAUCUCCAGGGUGCCCAUUGCUGUCGUACCUACGCACCAUGUUCAGGUGACAGCAUAGGCGUCAUAACCCCAUGUUACAUUGUUUCUUCUGUGCUUGCCCAGGCUAUUGUAAUGGCCGAUUUUCCUUGCCAAUGACUGACAUUGCUGCCUAUCAGCCAGCACAUGCUGGCAUUCUAAGUAUAAGGAAUCAUAGAAUCAUAGACUUUAAGGUCAGAAGGGACCAUUAUGAUCAUCUAGUCUGACCUCCUGCACAACGCAGGACACAGAAUCUCACCCACCCACUCCUGGUACAAACAUCUAACCUAUGUCUGAGCUAUUGAAGUCCUCAAAUCAUGAGACUUCAAGGUGCAGAGAAUCCUCCAGCAAGUGACCCAUGCCCCACACUGUAGAGGAAGGCGAAAAACCCCCAGGACAUCUGCCAAUCUGUCCUGGAGGAAAAUUCCUUCCCAACCCCAAAUAUGGUGAUCAGCCUUGUCCUAAAUCCCCUCCGACUUUCUGCCAGUGAACAGUGCAGUAAGCUGGCUUGUGUGCACCACUACACUCUUAGAUGGCUUGUACGUUAAAGAUGCUUAUGUGUAAGCAAAAAGAAAAGGAGUACUAGUGGCGAAUACAGACUAACACGGCUGCUACUCUGAAACCUGUCAUUAUCUUUAACAGAAUGAAGAUGAACUCCAGUGACAGCAGCGAAUCAGAGAAUGAUACAGAGGAAGAGGAGGAAGAAGAGUUUGCAAAUGAACACAUUAAGAGACUGGGUGGAGGAAGAAAAGAUAUGCGUCAGGAUGGCACUCCUCAGGAGGGAGCUUUUGAGGCAGAGGACACAUGCCUAGGGCACAAGAGUGAACACAGUUCAGGUGGAAAAAGUGAUCUGCCGACUGUCUCACUGAUCGAUCUGGAAGAACAAAUGACAGAAGACUGUGAAGCAGAGACCACUCCAAGAAAGAAAAAGAGAAAACACAGGCUGCUCUCUAUCAACCUGACCAACUGCAAGUAUGAGAGUGUGCGGCGUGCUGCCCGACACUGUGGCUUAAAAGAAGUGGGGGAGGAUGAGGAGUGGACGGUGUACUGGACUGACUGCUCGGUCUCUCUGGAGCGCGUCAUGGAAAUGAAGAGGUUUCAGAAAAUCAACCAUUUCCCGGGGAUGACGGAGAUUUGCCGGAAGGACCUGCUGGCCCGCAACCUCAACCGCAUGCUCAAACUCUUCCCCAAGGAGUACAGUAUCUUCCCCCGCACCUGGUGCCUGCCUGCUGACUAUGGGGAUUUCCAGACCUACGGGCGCAUGAGGAAAAACAAGACGUACAUCUGCAAGCCAGACAGUGGCUGCCAAGGGAGGGGCAUCUUCAUAACCCGCAACCCAAAGGAGAUUAAACAUGGGGAGCACCUGAUCUGCCAGCAGUACAUAUCCAAGCCCUUCCUUAUUGAUGGCUUCAAAUUUGACCUGCGUAUCUAUGUCCUGGUCACAUCCUGUGACCCCCUGAAGAUUUUUGUCUAUGAGGAAGGGCUGGCCCGGUUUGCCACCAUGAGGUACAUCGAGCCCAGCAGCAGCAACCUGGACGAUAUCUGCAUGCACCUGACCAACUAUGCUAUCAACAAACAUAAUGAAAACUUCAUCCGAGACGACAUGAUGGGCAGUAAGAGGAAACUGUCUACCUUGAAUGCCUGGAUGAUGGACAACAGCUACGACACGACAGAACUCUGGGAAGACAUUGAGGACAUCAUUAUAAAGACCCUUAUCUCAGCCCACCCUGUUCUGAAGCACAACUACCGCACCUGCUUCCCCAACCACAUCACCGGUUGUGCCUGCUUUGAGAUUCUGGGCUUUGACAUCCUGCUAGACAGAAAGCUGAAACCCUGGCUGCUGGAGGUGAAUCACUCUCCCAGUUUCACCACGGACUCGCACUUGGAUCGAGAGGUGAAGGACGCUUUGCUCUGUGACACCAUCAACCUGAUAAACCUGCGAGCCUGUGACAAGAGGAAGGUGCUCGAAGAGGACAAGCGACGGGUGAAGGAGCGACUCUUCCAGGCCCACCAGCCACCUCGUGAAGCCAGACGUGAGCAGUUAGAAAACAGCCAGGCGGCCUGGCUGGCCCAAACGGAGAAGUAUGAGAACACGCACCUGGGAGGGUACCGGCGCAUUUACCCUGUGCUCGAGACAGACAAGUAUGAGCCAUUCUUCAAGCACAGCAGCUCCCUCUUCCAGGAAACAGUGGCUUCCAAGGCAAGAGAGGAGUGUGCCAGGCAGCAGCUGGAGGAAAUUCGCUUGAAGCAAGAGCAACGAGAGGCUACUACUGGGAAGAAGAAAAAGGAGCGCAAGGAGAACCUGCAGGGAGAGUCAGCUGGGGAGAAAUCCCGCAUCCGCAGAAAGGCCAAGGUUCCUCCCACCCGCCUCACCUACAGCAGCACCAGGACCUGCAACAGGAAGAUGCAGCAGAUGGUGUUUGACUCCAUGCGGCCCCAGGACAUAGUGGAAGAUGAGGAAGUAGAGAGGAUCAAGGCUCUUCUGCAGCGCGAAAACCUCAUCCGGGGUCUGGGCAUCGUGGAUCAGCUCUCUCGGCUGCUCCACACAGCUGAGCCCAGGCCUGUGAAUGUCCACAGGCCCCACAUCAAUAUCUCCGAGAGCCAGCCGCAGUUCCUUCAGGAUGUGUUUGGGAACCAGGAGACACAGGGGUUAAUGACCCUUGUCCCCCUCUCGCUCCUGGGAGGCACAGUCCGGGAGUUAGGACAGCAGAUCUUGCAGCAGCCUGCGGCCAGAGCCCAGAUGCUGGGCAACCAGGGCUUCAUUCCCACCCUCCUGGGUACCCUGUCAGGGAUGGGCCAGAGCAUCCCCUACCGUGCACAGUAUAAGCCACAGCAUGGCCUGCAGCCGCAGAAGAACAUGAGCUGGUUAGGAAGCCACACUCUGGGGACACCGAUAGUCACCGAGCCCUGUGCUCUGGCAAAGAUGCUGAAGGAAGGAGGCCGGAGAUUCUCCAGCGCCAGAAACAAGGUUGAAGGCCAUGCCCAUGCCCCCAGGCGGCCCCUCCAUGUGGACAGUGGUUACUCUGACUCUCUGAGGUACCUGGCUCAUGCUGGAAAGGCUCCAAAUCACACGUAUAGUGACUGCACGUUCCCCUCAGUGACACACCCCCUAAGCCGUGCUGCAGUCCAUGAGCUAGCCAUCAACUCUGCCUCUGCUCCCAUCGUCCAGCGCUCAGAUACCUCACACCGCACCAGUGCCAUGCCCAUGCUCAACUUCAACCACCACAGGAAAUGGACCUGAACCUUGGCCAAACAGUCUCUGGGGAAAAAAGGGACCAAUGGCCUUGGGAAUCCUGCAGCCAAAGGUGAUGGCUGUGCCAAAAGACAUGGUUUCUUCUGCGUGGAAGGGAGAAAAACCUCCAAGGGGACAGACAGAUGAGGGGGAGACAAGGGAAACAGUGACCCCAGGCCUGCUGCGAUGACCUGGCAGCUAGUGAUGAAAACGCAGGUGUCUGCUGCAGAUGAGGAGCCCCUCAGUGAGGGCUGAGCACUUCAGACACCAUUUAGUGAGCACUCUAGAGUCACGUCUCCACUGGACAGAGCUGUUUUCAAACAAUGCUGUGCAAGGGAUUUUGUUAAUAGUAUUCGGCACCAUCCUCUGCAGCCGACUUUGUCCUGUAGCUGGGAUCCCAGCCUGUAACUGCAACCUCUCCCCCACACCUACUGAUCAGCACUCUAAUAGCAGGGCAGCGUUAGUGACUCAGGGCAGGGCUUAUUUCCUUCAGGGCUGCAAGAGUUUGUUCUUUUGUAUCUGUCUUAUUAAAGUUUUAUACUGUU